CAGACGGAGCUGUAGAGAAGCUGCUGCUCGGUUCAGAAAAUGGCCGACAGAUUUUCUAGGUUCAACGAAGAGCGUGAUUUCCAGGGUGGGAAUCACUUUGACCAUUAUGAAGAGGGCCAGUUGGAGCUGGAGCAGGCGUCCCUGGACAAGCCCAUCGAAUCGGUAAGGCUGCAUCCAUCAUCCUGCACCAUUGGACCAGCUGUGAGAGUGGAUGAUUGGUCCAGGGAGGAAUAAGAACCACAACUUUUUACUCCAUUCAUUCUGUCUAGAUGCAUCCAGUGUUUCCUUGAACACACCUAACCUGUAGAGUCACUUGUCUCAUGUCCAUUAAUGCCCUUUAAGUCCCUCCCACUUCCCAUGUCCUCUGCCUACUCCAUUUCCUGUGACAGUUAAAAUGAUUAUGUAAAUGCUAGAUCUUACUGUUUUAUGUACAGCUUACAGAUAAAACAUUUGAUUUUUGUAUCAGUCUCCCAUUAGUCAUUGUUAGUCAUCUUAGCACUAUGAGAUGAGAUGACUCUGAAAGCAUGGAGUGGAUAAAGCACUGUCAUUAUGGCUGUUUUCUAAAUGUUCUAGCUUUUCAUCCAUUUUAAACUCAUUCAGAAGAAAUUCUGUAUUUGAUAAUGACAAGAUUUUAUUCUGGAUAUACUGGAUAUAGCUGCUUUGAGGGAGGUUCCUGUACAAACCCCUGUAGUUUUUUUAUAUUUGUAUGGGUGCUGAUUCACUGAUUUAAAAUCUAUUGAGAGGGGUGUAAUCAUAAACGAAACCCUCUUAAACAAGAAUAAACAAGUUGCAGGACCAUAUUUGGAUUUAAAAACAGCCCAAUUAGGUAGAGUUUACAUUUAUAUGUCUGAUUAUUUUGCAGCAACUCAAACUUUUCUGUUAAUAAAAAGUGGGCAGUGCUUAUUCCACUCCAUUUAGCAAACAAGAGCGCACAUAAGAUGGUGUGAAUGGCUACAUUUGUGUUUGAAUGAGUGUGUGUCUAUGUAGCUUUAGAAUUUAUGUGUUAGUGUUUGUGUCUAUAGGACAGUUAUCUUAUUGUACACAACUUGGGGUGUUCGACAUUUCUCUCCUGCAGCGAAUUGGCCCCUAUUAGCUAAGCAGCAAUGACCCGGUUUGUAUUUGCACGCUCUGCUUUCUUACUCCUAUCUUUAGGGUCCUUGUAACGCUUCUGACUGUCUUUCUCUCUCUCUGUUUCACUACUGUCACACUCUACAUCUAUUCUCUCUCUCUACCUUCUUUUCUCUCUCGCUCCCUCCCUACUACACAGUGAUUCGGUGUACAGUACCCUCUGUCAUUCUGUGCUGGCAUGGUGCUUGUGCAACUGGGACUGCAUUUUUCGCUGAAGAGGCACAAAGAUAAUAGCGCAGGCAGCUCUCUUCUUUCUGUCUUUCCCACUCUCUCCAUCCCCCUCUCUGUCUCUGAAGCACUGUGGUGAGCAGGCCCAAACUCCUCUUACCUGCACAGUGUCGGGUCACCUCUCCUCAACAUAAUGGAUGUGCUUUGUGAGCCAUUUGGAUAGGAUUAGCAAUAUGGUAUAGAUCAAAAUAAUGUCUGAAAACAGAUUAUAUCGAACAUUAAUGUAUAAUUAAUAGGCAUGCAAAUUUUGUUUCCUUGAUCAUCAAACAAAGCUUAUAAAAUAUGAAGGCAUUUUUUUCCUCAAUGAAAGCUAUAUUUAAACAUUGGACAUUUUGCAGCAUAAGUAAACUAGAUAUUUGAGUCAUGAUUAAACACGUUAAUUCUUAGUAUCAAAUGUGAUAUAACAACUGAAAUAAUACCUUGCUAAUGGAAAAUUAAAAACAUCUAUAUUAGGUUGGUGAGGUCUAGGUGAGGGUUGCUGUAAAGCCCCAACUUCACCCCGGGCCUUUCCAAGCCAAUUUAGAGCUGGUUGCGGUGCACCACCACAGAGGAAAUAAUGCCAGGGAGAGUUCCUAGUUCCCAUGAGGGGAUCCUCCCACGCUGAGCGGCCGUUCCUGAAAGCGUACCGCUGUAAAGGGAAGAAGUGUGCUGCAUUAAUAAAACAAGACAAAACGAAAGCGUCAUUGCUAAACAAAACGCGGCACAAUAAUCAUUUUAUGUUGAUUAACUUGUUUUCAUAAUCAUUGGAAGCCAAAAUCCUAAUUGUAAUCCAAUUAAUUGCACAGCCCUAAUCUAUAUCAAUUUACAGUAUUUUCUGGAAGGCAUAAAUAUGAUGAGACUUAAAAUUCAGAUCACUUAAAAAAAAGAUCUAUUUUUAUAUCCAAGAAAAGAGCUGUAGGCUACAAAGGAAUGUCACCAAGCCUGUUUGUUUAGUUUUUAGUUUUUAAGCAGCAGCAGGAGAAAAUUCAGUCGUCCUUGCUGACCAUGGGGAUAUUCAUAUGUCGUGUUUGCUGCAGGGCUUCACACUGUGUGAUCGUAUUUGUAGCCUGAACAUGUUUUACAUGUGUUUUCCAUAGGAAGAAUCUAGAGAACCAAGAAUAUUACAAUUUUAUAUCCUGGUUGAGUUUUAUGUAUGACGUACAUAAUCACAGGCACACAAAACAUCCCACUGUGUGGGCGGUGGAGGGGGAGAAAAGAGAGGGGGAGAGAGGUGGCCUGCUCACCUAGCUUGAGUGGCUCUUCUGCUCCUGCGCUAUUAUUUGUGGAGGGGCGCUGAGGGCCGCGCUGCAGCAUCACACAGAUCCUCACAAAUCUGUUGAAAAAUGGCCACAUCAGAGGUGCCGUCACCAAAAGUAAUACUUACACUCCUGAUAUAUUCUCUUUGGAAAGUGCAUGCCCAAAGAAGAAGGUGGCAGACUUUUUUAUCGACAGGCAAGUAACCAUGAAAGUUUGCCACCAUUAAAAACUGUUAAGAUCAUUUUAGAGGAUUUGGUGACACCAGGUGCAUUUUCAUAAAAUAAAUGACGCAGUUCCUGUUUGGAAGGCCAAAUGCCUCACAGCAGACAAGGAUAAAUUGAUCUUUAUCUCAAAAAAGGCUUCCAGGUAUGAUUUACAGUGCACUUAAAUGGAUAACUUAAAUGUUAAAACACAUAGACUGACCUACAGUAUGUGACCAUGUUGUUAGGCCUCCGUAGUGCAAACAGUUGUUACAUCUGGGAUCUGUUAGUGAAUGCUUCGGCCAAGCCUCUCGGAGCCCCUCCCCUGCCACUUAUUGUGUGUGAUCUAUAGGCAGCUAGAGGUCUGUGGUACUUUAUUGGGAUCUUUUUUCUCUUUCUGUCUUUCCCCUUUUAGUCUUUGCUCUUUCUCUCUAACAUUGUUUUUGCAUUGCAUGUGUUAACUUGGUAGCAUUCAGUACUAUUUAUCUCAACACUCUGUCCUAAUAAUCACAACUACAAUUUUCCUCCCAGACUCAUCCCUCCCACGUCCUCUGCCCCGUUCAGUCCCUCCAACCUCCCCUCCUCCCUUUCCCGACCCUGUCCAAGAGCGAUAUGCAGCGGGCAGCCUCAGAGCCACAGAAACCACACAUACACACCACAAAUCUAAGAAACACAUGUAUACGGACCACAGAAAGAUUUUUCUUAGUGAAAAGUUUGUAUUUCUUUUUUAUCCAAGUUGUAGUCACUACAAAUUGUCUCUAAUUCAGUUACUGCGGUCCAUCAAGACCUUGGUUACAUUAAGGAUCGUGAAGUGUGUAGCCUUUUGCAUUAUAGCCAGACAUUAUUGUACACAGGUGUUUAAACUGUUAGACUUCUAUCACCUAUUAAGUGGGAAGAAGAACACAAGGAAAAGGUCAAACCCAUUUUUUACAACACUGCAAGCUCUCUAUUUAGCACCGGUCUUAAUCCAGUGAGCAGCAGGGGUGAUGGGUUCAAGGUCAUUGCUGAGGCCCCCCAAAUGUUCUUUUUAAAGUCAGCAAUGGAAUAAGAGUGGCGCAAAAUCUGACCAACUUACUUCAAACUCAAUGGGAAUGUGAGUGUUACAGUCUCUGUUUAAAGACGUUGGAGACCCCUUCAAACUUUGAUAAACUUUGUUAAACUUCCAGUUGAUGAAUUGGGCCUUCAGAGUUAUGAGGUAAGUAUGUAUUUUUAAAUAUUUAAACAUUUAUAUUAAUCAGACUCUGCUUCUCUUUCAUUUCCCCCUUCACUUAGUUAACGUUCAGUCUGACACAUCCACACUUCACCUCCAUUUACUGGGAAGUAGGAGCCUUCUGUUCUAGUCGUUUGGCUCUUGACGCACUGAGACAGUUUUUUCCAUUCAGUCGCACCUGCAAUAGCUGACUGACCCAGGAAUGUAGAGAGCACCAAACAUAAGGGAGCUGCAAGAGUUUAUGAGGAGCAGCAGACAGCAGCAGGCCCUGUUCUCUCCCAGCAGCACUCGCCAAAAGACAUUCCUCAGGGACACAAGAGAGGAUGAUGAGUAACUGCAGCAGUCCACUUUUUGUAAGACAGAUCCUUAAAGGGUCUGUCUCAGUCAGGGUAGAAAAAUAAAUUGUGUUUUCAUGGGGUAAUUUUGGGGCGAUUUUUGUCCCCGAUACAGUGGAAACCGCUUACAGUGAUCACGAUACAGCGAUCAACCGCAUUUAUGAAUCAAAAAGCUUCGGACAGAAUCAUUCCUAUAGAAACGCUGUUUAAAUAAUUUGCUUAUAGUAAUCAAGUAGUCUGCUUACAGUGUUCAUUUUGGGUCUUUUCAUACAUGACAACAUUUAAAACUGUUAGACUAAUGUUAGUUGAAUUUUUUUUUUUUUUACUUUAACUUUACUCCUUUUAUACUUUCGCUCGUGGACCAUCUGCUUUCCGGCUGGAUACCUGUGGCUGAUGCUGCGUGCACAUUGAUGUCGUAACAGGAAAAAGAGUAAUUUUCUGUGAAUAAAAAAUAAAUGCGCACAGGGAAUGCACCUGUGCUUGAAGCCGCCCUUGUCAAGUGGAUUGAGAACAACUCGUCAUGUCAUGCCCUCCAGCAAAGGUGCGCCGUUAAUCGCGCCACAGAGCCGGCCAAAAACGACAAUGUCUCACCCUGGGUGAGGGAAAAGGCAGAAGAAUUGACAGCGAGCCAGUAAACAGCAAAAUGGUCCGUUUCAUAACUUUUUAUUCAUGUAAUAAAUAAAAAAAUAUCAAUUAGGUGGUAUUCUGCAUUAGAAAUGAUGCACAACAUAAAACAUUUGGUUAUAUUAAUCAUCUGCAUAUAGUGAUUAAUUUGACCCGGACAGACGUGAGCACUAUAAGCAGUUUCCACUGUAUUUGAAAUUUAGAGGCAUUUACAUACACAACCACAUAUUCUUUUGCCCCCUUAAUUGUGUUUUAUGGGGCAAAUACCUUGAAUUUAGGGGCAAUUUUGCCCUUUGCCCUUUUCUGACACUGGUCUCAGAUUUCUUUUCAGAAUGUGUAAAAUCUCAGAUGUGUUGUUGAGAGUGAUCAUUAAAAGAACAAUUACAUAAAAUAUGUGGUUUGGGUUAAUUUAGGUUUAGUCACUUGCCUGUUCCGUGUUACACCCUCCUUGAUAAUCUGAACCAGUUAUUUCUUUGAGUCAGACAGGAACACAUAAACACACCCAUACUGUACACGUAUAAAUGGCUGCAUAGACUGAAGCAAUUACUAAAUACUCUGAGGUCUCUAGGUGGGGUCCCCUGCAUAUCACUUCCCUUACCCACAUCUUUUGCCAUGCACUGUGCCGAUUACAGCACAAUGCACACUUUUAAAAAAAAACAAAAAAAACACCCCACUUGUAGAUCUCUUUUGUUUGGAUAACAUUUUCUAUUUUUCUUUCUCCUGUAUUAACAGUCAGUUGGUGGAUUUAUUGACAUGCCUACCUUUUCUGUUUGUAUACAGUAUUAUGUUUGUUUAAAAGCAGAGAGAGAUUUUGCAUUUUUAAGAACUUAGAGAAGAUAGCAGAAUUGCAGUUGAAAGCGUUUGGCCGGUUUCUUACGUUGUGUCACGUGUGACUGUUUUUUUGACAGCCCAGUAUUUUAAAAGCCAGGAUAACAUCGGACACCGGCUGCUUGAGAAACAUGGCUGGAAGUUGGGGCAAGGUCUUGGCAAAAGCAUGCAGGCGAUUUGAUCCUGCCCAUGUUGUGCUGAUGGUAAACUUAGUGGACGCACCGACCCUGUGCCCAUCAUCCUCAAAUAUGAUGUCAUGGGGAUGGGACGGAUGGAGAUGGAGCUGGACUAUGCAGAGGACGCUACAGAGAAAAGACGAGUGCUCGAAGUGGAGAAGGAGGACACAGAAGAACUGCGGCAAAAAUACAAGGACCAGGUGGAAAAGGAGAAAGCCAUUGCAAAGGCUCUGGAAGACCUGAGAGCCAAUUUCUACUGUGAGCUAUGUGACAAACAGUACACCAAACACCAGGAAUUCGACAACCACAUUAACUCUUAUGACCACGCUCACAAGCAGAGGCUUAAGGAGCUCAAGCAGAGAGAGUUUGCUCGUAACGUGUCAUCCCGUUCCCGGAAAGGUGGAAAGAAGCAUGAAAAGAUGCUGCGUCGAUUGCACGAGCUGGCCGAGCAGAGGAAACAACAGGACCGUACUCCAGGAAGUGGGCCCAUGUUCAAAACUACCACAGUGGCUGUGGAUGGAGAGAUGGCAGAAGAUGGUGACACAACCCCUGAGAACACUGCUCUGACAGACUGCUUCCUGGAAGGAUCGCUGGCAGAUAAAAGUGAGGAAGUCUCCCCGAAGCCAGGUCCAACCAUCAGCUUCUCUCUGGGGAAGAACAGCUCCACCUCCCCGACCUCUAGUGGCGCAUCCAAAGUCAGUGUGUCCUUCUCUUUCGCAAAGAAAGCCCCAGUAAAGCUGGAAACGGUAGCGGCAGUAUUUGCUGAUCAUGGAGAGGAGGCUAUGGAGGAAGAGGAGAGCCAGGAGGGAGAGAAGGCUGGAGGGCAAGAGGAGACAUCUGGCAGCAACACAAACAGCCCUAAGGGAGGAUCGGGAGGAUCAGGAGGAUCAGGAGGAGGCGAAGUAGAAGAGAGCGCUGUUGAGACAGUGACAGAAGAGGUACAGCCGCCUGAUGACGGAGCCUCUCUGGCCUCCACUCUCAACAAACUGAAGAUGAUGAUGAAAAAAGAGGAAGGAUAUGCUGGACAGGAGCCUCAGUACUAUCACUAUAUACCUCCAGCUCACUGCCGGGUAAAGCCUCGCCUCCAGUUUUUGCUGUUUAUGAAGGCCACUGAUCAGUGUCCCACCAAAGAAGAGGAGGAUGAGGAAGAGGGGCAGGAGGAGAAGAAGGUUGAGGAAAGUCCUGAACAGACGGAGCCCGACGUCACAGAGUGCAACACUGAAAAAGAACAAGAUAACAUCACUUCAUCGCCCGACCCAGAGCCAACUCCUCCAUCACCUAAAGUGAAGACGGAGGAUGUCUCUUCAUGCACAGCAGAUACAGCUCCCGUGGUACCCACUUCACCUGCACAAAAAGCAGAGAGCACACAGGAUGCUCCUGAGUCCAACUCGGGUCCUAAAGUCCCCACAGGUCCCUUCUUCCCAGUUCUGAGCAAAGAUGAGAGCACCACACUGCAGUGGCCCUCGGAGCUCCUCGAAUUUACAAAAUCUCAGCCUUCCCUGUCUUACAGCUGUAACCCCCUCUACUUUGACUUCAAGCUGUCCCGCAACAAAGGAGUGCGUGCAAAAGCAGCAAAGUCCCCUAAGCCUUGUGAAGGGUCUGAUGACAAGGGGCAAGAGAUGGCUGCCUCAACAGCUGAAGUAGACACAGCUACUAAACCUGGGACCAGCACCGACAAAGACAAGCCGACGACGAAGGGAGAGCCUGGCCAACCAGAAGGCGAGGAGCAAAAGCUUGAAGCUGGCGGCAGUAGCGCCAAGAAGAAAAAGAAAAAGAAGAAGCAUAAGAAGUCCACGAAGCACUCAAAACGCAAAGGAAAAGACAAGGGAGCGAAAGAAGACGCGGAGGGUGAGACUGAGGCGACGCAAGAGAAGCCCAAAAAGAAGAAAAAACACAAACGGAAGAAGAGCAAAAACAAGGCUCCAGAUCAAGAUGAGGCAGCAGGUGAUGAAAAGGAAAAGGAAAAAGAAAAGGAAAAGGAAAAAGCAAAACCAAAGUCAGAUGAUAAAGCCGUUGCCUCCUCUGUUCAGGUGACAACUGGAGGGGGAGGGGCUACAGGAAGUACAGGAGUAGAACUGGGGAAGAGGAAACGUGCUACUAAGGAAGUGCCUUGCAAGUCUGGAGCAGAGGAAGGAGCCGGAAAAGGCACCGACAAGGUCAACUCCUCAGAGGAGCACAGUGGCUCCAAGCGACAGAAGACUGACUCCAGUGCACCUCAAAGUGCCUCCUGCUCCACCUCAGCCCAAAAGAGUCCCGGUCCUGGUCGACCUCCCAGCAGCGAGAGUGAAGAAGAAGGGGGCUCUAAUACUCAGCGCUCACGUCAGCACAGGUCAAGUCCUCGGGAACAACGCCGCCACCGUAGUGAGGAAUCAAGGCGGUCCGGCAGCCGCUCUUCAAGGCGAGGGGAAAGACGGGGCAGCAGUCGUCGACGCCACCGUGGUCAAACUUCCCGUAGUCACUCUUACUCCAGCAGUUCUGAGCGUUCCUCAGCGGGCAGCAGCGCCUACAGCCGCAGCCGCCGCAGCUACUCGGACAGCUACAGCGACUACAGCAAAGAGGGCCGCAGAAGGAGGCGCUCCAAACGCUCGUCAGACUCCGAGUACGAGCGGAGGGGGAGCCGAGGACGUAGACGAUCCAGGAGACAUCAGUAUUCCUCUUCCUCCUCAGAAGACUCCCGCUCACGUUCACGCAGCUACAGCCGCAGGAAGAGGCACCGACGGCACCAUCGGAGCAGCUCAAGAAGCUCGAGUAGUUGGAGCCGCAGCACCAGUGCGAGAUCCUGGAAGCGCAGCUACAGCCGCAGCCACAGCUCUGCCAGCCGCUCCUCCAGCUCCACUAAAGGCUCUCCUCGUCGACGAGGCCCCAGGGCUCGAGCGGACAUUGACGCCCAGCGCAGAGACUUCAACCGCUCUUGCAUCUACCGCUCCCAGUCUCCACGUUCAUCUUCAUCACGAGGCCUUAACCGCAACAUCCAUUCAUCCAGCUCGCAGUCUCUGAGGCCGGGGGGGUCCCGAGAUGCAGGGGAACAGAAAAACUCCCUCACUGCACGCCAGCUGCUGGAGAAGGUUCAAUCUAAGAAAAGCUCUGAUGAUUCUGCCACAGGAACAAAAUCUGGGAUUAAGAUUAAAGACCCACCACAGGGAUACUUUGGUCCCAAACUACCGCCGACCCUGGGAAACAAAGCCUUGCUGCCGCUUUUUGGUAAGCUGCAGGCUGGGAAGAAACCGGUGAUUCCCCUAACCAGACCUAAUGAGGGUCAGAAAUCAGGAGCAGGGAAGUGCUCUGAGGCAGAGGUUAUCCUGGUAGAGCCUAUAAGGGAGUUCCCUCCUCCACCACCACCUCCAGCUCCACCGGUCCAGAAGGUUGAGGAGGCCCCGCAGAUCACAGUGGUGCAAGAGGAGACACAGCAUCCCGCUGCAGAAACCCAGGUGCACCAAGAACCCCGGCCGUUGUUUGAACAGGAGCCUUCCAUGACGAUGCCCCAGUACCAAGGAGAACCGGGACAGGACCCCUCUCAGAACCCCAUGAUGGAGUCCCUCAUGCCAGACAUGCAGCAGCAGCCUCCAAUGCAUGCCUACCCUAGUUACCCACCACCCAACCUGGAGGAGGAUGGCAUGGAGGCAGAGGAGGACGGACUGGCUCCUCUAGAGAGUCAGCCCAUCACGUUCACACCAGAGGAAAUGGAGAAGUACAGCAAGCUGCAACAGGCUGCCCAGCAGCACAUCCAGCAGCAGCUUAUGGCCAAGCAGGUUAAGACAUUUCCCUCCGCUGCUGCACAUGCGGCCGCCGCCGCCGCGGCUGCUGCCAAUCUGGCCCCGGCCCCCCCUCCCCAAGCCCUGCAGCAGAUCCACAUCCAGCAGCCCACUAUGUCCAAUGCCUCCGGCGCAUCAAUCACCAUGGUGCAUCAAGCCAUCCUGCAGCACCACGCUGCCGCUGCUGCAGCCAUGGGCAUCCACCCAGCACAUGCCCACCACCCACACCCUGCACAUGCACAGUUGGCCCAGGUACACCACAUUCCCCAGCACCACCUUACCCCCAUCUCUCUGUCUCCUUUGGGCCACUCUCUUGGUCAUUCUCUGGGACACUCAUUGCAACACGCCGGGCUGAUUCCUGCCCACCCGACCGCCUUCCUCUCUGGUCAGCCUAUACACAUCAUCCCAGCUUCUGCACUUCACCACACUCCCUUAGCCCUCCACCACUUACCACACGCAGCCCUCUACCCCACACUGUUUGCACAACGGCCCUCACAGGCUGCUGCAGCAGCAGCUCUCCAACUCCACCCACAACUCCACCCACUGCUACACCCAAUCUUCUCAGGGCAGGACCUCCAGCACCCACCUAACCAUGGCUCUUGAGUAAUGAUACAAGUGAAGGAGUAAAGUCAGUCACAGCAGCACCCAACCACUGGAGGAAAGACUUCACCUGAACCGGCUUGGUUCAGGGUUUUAACAUGGAGUCUUUGCAGCAGGCAGUGAGACAUGAAGCUGUCAAUAGAUGACGCUUUUACUGGCCAACACAGGGCAGAAGUUGUAGCCACAAAGUGGUGCUGCCUGUGUUGAGUUCAAAAUUGACAUUUUCUUCUGGCUCACGUGAGAUCUUUUUUCAUGUUUUGCCCUGAAUUUCUAAAACGGGGUGCAGAUUUAAAGAGACUUCCUCAACACAUUGGUUUAUAUUCCAGCUUGAGGUAUAUUAACACCACCCGUUUGUUUUUGAAUGACACGUCAGAGAAACCACUGGAGUUUUUUUUCCCACAUAAAAAAAUAUUAUUCUCAGUUUUUGCUCAAUUUGGCAGCCAAAGAGAGACGUAAUGGCUGAAUCAUGUUAAUAGGACGUGGUGGGCAAACAGCUUUGACUCUGUGAUGUAACCUUCAGAGACAGACUUCUUCAUAUUUACUGAUAUUGUUUAUGUUCUCAUAUGACUACUUGCUCUCUAUUGGAUCCUUGGUCUCAAAUAUUUUGUAAUGCAGUAACUUGUAUAUAUAUCAGUGUGUAAUGUGAAGAAUCUCACCAUAUAAAAUUACAGCUGUGGUGUCCAAAAUCGGUAUGACAUUGUCACAUUAAGACCCCCUCUCUCAGCGAGGGGAGAUGUGACGUAGGGGUUUUAACGUCCCUGAUGCUCUGAGGCAAAGCCCAUGUUCCCUGUGGUGAGGGUGAAAAAAUUGCACUGAAUAUCUGUACAUCGAGGUGGUGCGUUCGCAUCAUGUAACAAUAAGAUUGUAGUAUACUGCAAUAAUUGUAUUUUUCUGUUUUAAGUUAUUUUCCAAAAUGCCCUUCAAAAGAAGGGCUGUGUUUUGCUUUUGUGUAAUUUUGUAAAUAAACCUGCUGUAGAUUAACCUAUUAACAUUCUAGAGGUUUAAUAUCGGAAAAAGCAGAUGGAUGGAAGAUGGUCACUUGUAUGUAUUUUAUCAAGUUUGUUUAUAAAUUAGCCCGCUUAAGACGGGCUGGGAUGGCAAAGGAUAGUGAUCUGUCAAACAGUAGCAACUCUGUAUUUUUUAAAAACUCACUGUUUCGGCAAAUAAAAUCUUGAGUUGA